AUGGACAAACUCAAAGCAUCCCUCCAGUCGACCAUCGACUCGGCCAAGGAGAAGUUCGGUGGUGACCAGGCUGUUGACAACGCCAAGAACCAGGCCAACGACUACUACAACAAAGGCAAAGACCAGGCCUCAUCGGCCGCUGAUAAGGCGAAGGAGCAGGUGGAGAAUAAGUUUGGAGGUUCGAAGGGUGGUGAUGCUGGUGAUGAUAGCUAA